UGGAGACCUCUUCUCGGCAGCCCAAGGAAGGGGGAAAGGGCGUGAGCAGCAGCACAUAUUUCAAAUAUGAGUCUGAGCGAGAGCGAGAGAGUAGAGCCGCGGCCACUGUGAAAAGGAGGACUUUCACAAACGCGGGCUUUUCUCUUUUGUGGCGAUCUGCAAGUAGGAUUUGGCUUCAUGAUUCCAGACACUGGGAACCAACACGAUUGCGCCCAAUGGACAAAGUGAUUUGGUUACUGAUUGUAAUACUGUAUAUAGUUCAGCUGUCCAGUGGUCUGGAGUGUGAUAGGUUUGAAAAACUGUCUAGAGCAGUUUUGUUGGAGUGGCCAGAAUUUCCAAAAGGAAGACAUCCAGAUUUUUAUAUCAUUACAUACCAUCUCAAAAAUGACUUGAUUCAAAAAAAUGUGAAAAGUGUUUCCACAACUCAACUAAAAGCACAGAACUUUACAAUUCAACUUGAAGAAGAUAAGAAGCAUGAUGUAAUGAUACAGUCAGUGAAGGAUGGGAUAAUUCUGCAUGCAAUAUCAUUCAAGACACGUGGGAUUUCAGGCAAUCUUAUCAAAACAGCUGUGACAAGUACUAGUAUACUGUUUAAAAGAAGUAUAUCCGCUCAUGAUUUCUCCAUUGAAAUUUCAUAUAAUAACAUUUAUCGGAUUCUUAAACAUAAUGAGAGCUUCUAUGAAUGGACUGAUCUGAGACCUGCAACUUUGUACACUUUUACACUUGAAUUUAAACAGCUGCACAUGGAAUGUAUUAAUGUGUCUCAGACACUGGAAAUUCAAGUUGAAACAGGUUUAUGUUCAUAUGGCUGGACAGCUUUCAGAAACAGCUGCUAUAAAAUAAGCAAGGAAAGCAAACCUUGGAGUGUGGCACAAAAAUCAUGUGGAUUACUUUCAAUCAAGUAA